UUAAAAAUUUCUGAUUUUAUUUUAGGUUAUUAUUUAAUUCUUUUAUUUGCUAUAUUUAUUCAAAUGGAGUCAGCAAGAAGUGGAUUUCUUUCUCCUGAACAACAAAUUGAAUCCUCUGUUUCAAUAAGCUUAUCUACUCCACUUAAAGAAAAUUUGAAUGACACAACAGACACUGCCCACUUUCCAACUGAAGACUUGCCCGAUUUGGACGAAAAUGGUUUACUUGAUUGGUCAGACAAAAAACUUGUUAAAUCCCUGCCUAGAGAAAAGUGUGCUGAAUUGAUUAAAUUGAAGAGAAAUAUUUUGAGGUUGAAUGUUUCUAGAAACUCAUUGAGGUCUAUUGAUUGUGCUCUUCUUCCAUUGGAAAAAUGCUUUGAGAUUGACGCCUCCCAAAACGAGCUUACCCAACUCCAACAAUUUCUUCAAUUAAUCCAAACUCUCAAGAAACUAAAUUUGGCGGACAACCGAAUGAAUUCUCUUGGAUGCCUUGACACUUUUGUUAAUCUCCAAUGGCUCAAUUUUUCACAUAAUCGAAUUGAGAUCUGUUCUUUUGAAAAUAUUCAUACACUUAUUCCGUCUCAAAAUCUUCGUAUUCUUGAUUUGGGUGGCAAUUUGAUAUCAGAUUUGUGUGAAAUUAAUUAUUUACGAGGAUUUACUUAUUUGGAAUCCCUGACUGUUUUAGGGAACAAUUUUGCCUCUCCAGAUGGAUGUAAAUUUUCUUAUCGACCUUUUGUGUAUUCCUGUAUACUUGGAGAAUUGAAAAUUUUGGAUGGCGUUUGUUUAAGCGAAGGGGAAGUUCUUAAAGGGGAAUGGCUUCACUCAAACAGGAAAACGCGUUCCUUCCGUCCUGGAAGUGGUUCACACGCUCAACUUUGUGCCUUUUUAUUGCUGGAAUGUCCUCUUGUUUCGAAGGAAUUGCCUAUUGAAGGAGUUAACGAUGAUAGAUUGAAAAAGAUAAUUCAAAAACGUCGAGAAUACAAAGAUGUUCGUCUUCAUCAUCAUAGUACACCUUCACUAACAUAUGGAAAAAGACAACAAUUUAUGUCAACAACAGUCUCGCCUAUCAGUAGAUUUAAUACGACACCAAGGGGAGGAACAAUUUUAAAAAAUAUUAAUUUUUCUCCUCCAUCAUCUCCAAGAAAUAAAAAUUUAGAGGAAAAAACAACAAAAAAUUGGCGUGUUAAUACAGUUGUUAGUUCAAAUAAAGAACAACAAAAAUUGAUUGAUGAUUCUGCUAAUUUUACUCCAACAACAAUUUCUGUUGCUUUACCACAAACGCCUAAAACUGCAAGAAAAGAUGAAGAUUUGAAUAUUAAUGGAACUCAAUCAAGUCAACUCAAAACUACCUUUGAAACUAGUACUUUCGUUAAUGACACAAUUCCUCAACAACCGCAGCAACAACCUCCAAAAGAUUUCCCGCAAAUUGGAAUUCUUCGAAGUGCUUCAAUUCAUCCUUCUCCAAAUCCUCGUCCUUUUAAUAUUGUUCGAAAUGCAACAUUCUCUCAUCCAUCACCCAAACUUUCAAACAAUUUGAAGACUUCAGAGAAUAUUAAAGUGCCUCUUUUGGGUAAAGCGACAGAAAAGAAAAAGACCAAAGCUGUUGGCUGUUUCCGUUCCGUGUUAGCUCAAAAACUUCGUCGUCGCUCUACAGCUCCAAUGCAACAACCAACAACAACAAAUUCAGAACAAACACGUAAUCAAUUAUUACAAAAAAGAGUUGACAAAUUGAACGAACAAAAUAAUAUGCUUUUUGAAAUUGGCGAAGAAAAUGUUAAAACAUUGCAACAAUUAGCUGGGAGAUUGGAGCAAGUUGAAUCUGCUUUAACAACUCAAAUAAACCAAAACCGAACACUUUGUGAUUUACUUUUACCAACACCAACUCAUUUAACAACAAAAAAGAUGGAUGGAACUAAUAGUGUGCUUGUUAGUUGGGAAAAUAUAAUUCCAAUUUUGAAUGCUAUUGAUCAUUAUGAUGUUUUUGUGAAUGAAAAACAAGUGGGAAAAGUUGUGGCGCGAAAUAAGCGUUUGUUGAUUACUGACACAAAUUUGAAUGAAGAUAUGAGAGUAUCAGUACAAGCUUGCUUCUCCAAAUUGAAUAAUGCCCGUUCGCAAAAAGCCGAGAUUAUUUUACAUGCCACGGAAGAAGACGAAAAAGGAGAGGAAGACUCACCCGAUGGAAAGGAGAAUGAAAAGGAAAGAAUCUCCUGA